CUGUUUCUGUCCUACAUAAACGGUAUGGAGCUGAACACGGUGUGUGAGAGACUAGAUGAGCUUGUUGUUGAGCUGUUUGACAAGUUGGAGGCUCUCACAGCGGCGAGAAAGAGAAUGGACGAUCAUAUGAAACAGGGUUUCUUUAACUUGGCCAAGGCGCGGUACUCCCUGGGUGUGAAGGGUGUUGGACAGAUCCAGUAUGCUGCCAUCAUGGAGCCACUGGUCCACGUACAUGUCAGUGAUGAAGAUGGCAGCAACAAAUUCAAUCUAGACAGAAUCAUUCCCAGCAAGUCCAGUUCUGGAGCUGUUAAGAAAGUAUCCUUCCUUGACCAAGAAAGCAAGGUAAGACGAAGACACACUGGCAAAAGGGACGAGGAGAAUGAUGAACAGAAGGAGGGAUAUGAAGAAGGAGGAGAGGAUGAUGACGAGAUUGCAGAACUGAGUAGCGGCAUAGAGGAUCUAGAGAUGGAUCAGGUCGUUGACCCCCACAGCCUCCAGGACCCCCUGCGGUGGUUUGGCAUCCUUGUGCCACCUUGUCUCAGACAUGGGCAACACAGCUUUAAUCAGGUUAUAGCUGUGUCCUGCCAGGUGGCCUCGCUGCAGUCCCAGGUUGACCAGUUGCGGCUGGAGUACCGUCAGCUUCUCCGAGAGAAACAGCAGCUGCUGCAACAAUCCGCCUAACUCUACAACCUACUGUCUUCCAAUGUUGUUGCACCAAGCUCCUUGGUUGCACCAAAGCUGUCAUAGCAAUAACAUUCUUCUCAGUACUGUUGUCAACUUGUUGCCUGUGUACAUGUCAAUCUCAUUUAGGUUAAUUUCAAAUUCACACAGACCAAAAGUGAACAAUUGAAAUGAUUUUUCAAGUGUCAUGUCACAUAAGAUCCAUUUCUUAUAAGAAUGUGCUGUUUUUCCCAUGUACCUGAGAUGCAAGAUAAAUGGAAUUUUUUUUAUUCUAAGACAGUACAAGAAUCCAUAGAAAUGACUUUCAGUAUGUAUGGAAAACUGAGAAACUUGUGCAAUAUUAUGAUAGUGUCCAUGCAAUAAGUAUAUCCCUAUGUUACAUGUAGUGAACAGAGUUUACAAUAGCUUGUCCAGUAACAUGUAUUGUGUUCCUCUUUGAGAACCUAGCAGGAUUAUGAGAGAUGACUUCAUUUUUUUGUAUGAGAAAAUGCUGUGGGAGUUGAACCUGUGAUCAUUUCCAUGCACGUUUGUGCUUCUAUUACCAUUAAUACUAUGAGAACUAUUAAUAGUAUGAUAGAGCAAAAGUAACCUAAAGUGGUAAAUAUAAUAGCUACUGUAGUUCUUGACUUUUGAGAUUUUACAUUAUUGAUGAUGUAAUUGAGAAUGUAUUUAUAACAAAGAAAUGGUUGUAGUUGUAGAACUGAAAAGUAUAAGAGAUAGUUCAACUCUCUUCUGUUAGGCAGAGAUGACCGAAAUAAAGACCACAACAGACCGUAGUUUCAGUUCCACAUUCCUUCUUUAUUGUGAUGUCAAGUUUGUUUGCGGCCUGCCUUACCCAGCAGACAAUUUGUCACCACAGAUUCUCACAAACUCUGCUGGGAAAGACAGCACCUCAUUCACCAGCUGCAGAUUCAUCUGCAUUUUAAGGCUGUCCUUUUCACCACCAUAAAUACUUUAAUACUUUCUUUUUCUCAUAAAAAUAUUCCACUCUUUUGGGAGUAUUUGUGACUGGUGUUACAUGAUACAGAUGAUAUUUGUGAGGGUGACAUUACUUUGUACCAAAAUAUACUUUCACAAACACACAAUAACCCUUUUUCCGCACUCUUCAACUUACUUUCCACACACUUUUCA